GAAGAGCAUUUUAUCACGUUUCUAUUACCUAGUUUAGUAUGAGCCAGUCUUCGGAAGGCUAAACACCAAAGGUUUCCGGCAGUCAUGUUCCACUACAGACGUUUAUCACGAGGCGAAGUGGAACGUUUCGAAACUCCGUACAACGAAAACUUGCUCGAAGUUCACUUGACCGAUUGGCCCGUUGAUGGUAGUGACGAUGAUGACUCCAAAUGGCUACCAAGUCACUGCGUGAUGCCCUCCAGGUAUUGCCAAUUUGCGGAACGAAUUCGAAAUCUCACUGUCUACGAGGACGACGUCUGGAUUGUAACUUUCCCAAAAGCUGGCACUACCUGGACUCAGGAGAUGGUGUGGCUGAUUGAUCGUGAUUUGGAUUAUGAAACUGCGGCGACUGUUAAUUUACAGCAACGAUCGAAAUUUUUAGAAAUGUUCACCUUCGUAUCCAAAAUGAACCUACCGGACAGUAUUGCGUUGGUGGAAGAAAUGCCCCGUCCACGGCAUAUUAAAUCCCACCUGCCCGUUGCCCUUCUGCCACAGCAGUUGUGGUCUGUCAAACCAAAGAUAGUGUAUGUCGCACGGAAUCCCAAGGAUGUAACAACAUCGUACAUGCAUCAUUACAAACACAUACAUGGCUUCGAGGGUGCCCAGCAAGACUUCCUGGAUGGAAUUCUCCAGGACAAAAUUAUCUGGUGCCCGCAGGUUAAACAUGCUGCUGAUUUUUGGCACAUGGCCAAGAAUCGCAAGCAUAUUUUAUUUCUACAUUUCGAAGAUAUGAAGAGGAAUCUAAUGGGCGUUCUAGCGAAAGUUUGUACGUUCAUGGGCAAAUCGUACAGUACAGAACAGUUGGAGCGCUUGGCGGAGCAUCUAUCGUUUGAAAACAUGAAAAACAACAAAACAGCAAACAAUCAAAUAUUGGUCACCCAAGCAGCGGAAGCAAUGGGACGCAGCUCCGAUCAGUUCAAGUUUAUGCGGAAAGGAGAGAUCGGAGCGUACCGAAGUGAAUUGCCAGUGGAUUUUUCUAUGAAAAUGGAUGAGUUAAUUCGCGAGCAGCUCUCGGGCUCAGACUUCAAAUAUAGAGAGUAACAUGGCCGUUCAAAAGUUCAAUGCCUCAAUGUGUUUACUCAUAUUUUAAAAAACAUUUGCAAAUCAAUAAAAAUGGCCACACCAACUCGAAAAAUCGUCGUCUCGUGGACAAAUCUGCGUA